AUGUCGACCUACAAGCGGGCCACGCUGGACGAGGAGGACCUGGUGGAUUCGCUCUCCGAGGGCGAAGUGUACCCCAACGGCCUGCAGGUGAACUUCCGCAGCCCCCGGAGCAGCCAGAGAUGCUGGGCCACACGGACCCAGGUGGAGAAGCGGCUGAUAGUUCUGGUGGCACUUCUGGCAGCAGGACUGGUGGCCUGCCUGACAGCACUGGGCAUCCAGUACCGGACAAAGACACCCCCAGUGUGCCUGAGUGAGGCAUGCGUGUCAGUGACCAGCUCCAUCUUGAACUCUAUGGACCCCACGGUGGACCCCUGCCAGGACUUCUUCAGCUACGCCUGUGGAGGCUGGAUCAAGGCCAACCCUGUGCCUGACGGCCACUCACGCUGGGGGACCUUCAGCAACCUCUGGGAACACAACCAAGCCAUCAUCAAGCACCUGCUCGAAAAUUCCACAGCCAGCGUGAGCGAGGCCGAGAGGAAGGCCCAAGUAUACUACCGAGCAUGUAUGAACGAAACCAGGAUCGAGGAGCUCAGGGCCAAGCCCCUGAUGGAGCUGAUUGAGAAGCUCGGAGGCUGGAACAUCACAGGUCCCUGGGCCAAGGACAACUUCCAGGACACCCUGCAGGUGGUCACUGCCCACUACCGCACCUCCCCCUUCUUCUCUGUCUAUGUCAGCGCCGACUCCAAGAACUCCAACAGCAACGUGAUCCAGGUGGAUCAAUCUGGCCUGGGCUUGCCCUCCAGAGACUAUUACCUGAACAAAACCGAAAAUGAAAAGGUACUGACUGGAUACCUUAACUACAUGGUGCAGCUGGGGAAGCUACUGGGCGGUGGGGAUGAGGACGCCAUCCGGCCCCAAAUGCAGCAGAUCCUGGACUUUGAGACCGCCCUGGCCAACAUUACCAUCCCCCAGGAGAAGCGCCGGGACGAGGAGCUCAUCUACCACAAAGUGACGGCUGCCGAGCUGCAGACCUUGGCACCUGCCAUCAACUGGCUGCCCUUUCUCAAUACCAUCUUCUACCCCGUGGAGAUCAACGAGACCGAGCCUAUCGUGGUCUACGACAAAGAGUACCUUGAGCAGGUCUCCGCCCUCAUCAACAACACCGACAGAUGUCUGCUGAACAACUACAUGAUCUGGAACCUGGUGCGGAAAACAAGUUCCUUCCUUGACCAGCGCUUUCAGGAUGCUGAUGAGAAGUUCAUGGAAGUCAUGUAUGGGACCAAGAAGACCUGCCUUCCCCGCUGGAAGUUUUGUGUGAGUGACACGGAGAACAACUUGGGCUUCGCCCUGGGCCCCAUGUUCGUCAAAGCGACCUUUGCCGAGGACAGCAAGAACAUAGCCAGCGAGAUAAUCCUGGAGAUCAAGAAGGCGUUUGAGGAGAGCCUGAGCACCCUGAAGUGGAUGGAUGAAGACACCCGGAAAUCGGCCAAGGAGAAGGCAGAUGCCAUCUACAACAUGAUAGGCUACCCCAACUUCAUCAUGGACCCCAAGGAGCUGGACAAGGUGUUCAAUGAUUACACCGCAGUUCCAGACCUCUAUUUUGAGAACGCCAUGCGAUUUUUCAACUUCUCAUGGAGGGUCACCGCCGACCAGCUCAGGAAAGCGCCCAACAGAGAUCAGUGGAGCAUGACGCCCCCCAUGGUGAAUGCUUACUACUCGCCCACCAAGAACGAGAUUGUGUUUCCAGCCGGGAUCCUGCAGGCGCCAUUCUACACUCGCUCCUCGCCCAAGGCCUUGAACUUUGGUGGCAUCGGUGUUGUCGUGGGCCACGAGCUGACGCAUGCUUUUGAUGACCAAGGACGGGAGUAUGACAAGGAUGGCAACCUCCGGCCCUGGUGGAAGAACUCCUCGGUGGAGGCCUUCAAGCAACAGACGGAGUGCAUGGUGGAGCAGUACAGCAACUACAGCGUGAACGGGGAGCCCGUGAACGGCCGCCACACGCUCGGGGAGAACAUCGCCGACAACGGGGGCCUCAAGGCGGCCUAUCGGGCGUACCAGAACUGGGUGAAGAAGAAUGGGGCCGAGGAGACGCUGCCCACGCUGGGCCUCACCAAUAACCAGCUCUUCUUCCUGGGCUUUGCGCAGGUCUGGUGCUCAGUCCGCACGCCAGAGAGCUCCCACGAGGGCCUCAUCACCGACCCCCACAGCCCCUCCCGCUUCCGGGUCAUCGGCUCCCUCUCCAAUUCCAAGGAGUUCUCAGAACACUUCCACUGCCCGCCUGGCUCACCCAUGAACCCGCGUCACAAGUGUGAGGUCUGGUAAGGGGCGAAGCGCAGGGAGCCGAGGCGGAGGAGGGGAAGGGGCCAAGGACAAGUCCUGGGGGUGAGGCGCCCCCUCCCGCUGGCCUCCAGGGCACGGCCCAGCCCCCUUCCCUACAUGGAGAGAUUGUAGCUGUCACCUUGCUGCCCGAGAUGGACGUUCUCAGCAUUACCUAAGAUUGAUCCCCAUGAAGACCUGUCAUCCCGGGCACCUGUGUGCCAACUUAGCGACUUCCGGGUGUCGGGCUGGUGUUCGCCGGGCCUGGGCCCCACACCGACAAGGGUGAUGGGACUCAGCCCUUCACCCACAUCCAGCACCAGAUAUACCACAAGCACCACUGUGUCAAAUGCUUUAAAGAUAUAUUUUUGGGGAAACUAUUUUUUAAACAUUGUGGAAUACACUGGAAAUCUUCAGGGAAAAAAAUGCAUUUAAAACACUUUUUUUUUUUAAGGAAAGGAUUGGUAUAUUUAUUAUGUUCUGUUUUUCUAAAUAACCUGUGGACAAAGGAAGCCCCCACUGAGGUACCCCUCACUUGGAGGCUGGGCUGAGGCAGGGGCCCCCAGGCUGCUGAGCGGGUCCCCAGAUAGAGCUGCCUCAGCCCUUGGAGUACGCGAGCCGAGCUUCUGCCUUCACCCGCACAGACAGGACACUGGGGGCCAGGCAGAGGGAGGAGCCAGCUGGGGUCCCUGCUUGUGGCACAGCCCCUACCCCCGGGGUCCAACCAUGGGAACCCCAGCAAGGAAGGUCUGAUCCCAAUGUCGCAGCAGGGGAUUGGUGGCCGCAGCAGAAUGAGGCCAGGUCAGGGCCCUUGAGCACGAGCGGAGAGUGCCCAAGGACCCUGUCACCCAGUGGGCCGACCCCCACAUCAGGUGCACUGCUCUGCAUAGAUGUCCCUUCCUGUCCCCCUCUGCUGCUCACCCCGUGUCUGUCCCAGGGACCCGUUGCCUCUCUGUAGCAAUCCUCUCAUUCCAGCUACUUCGGGGCCUGCCUUGCUGCUCCUCUUCCCAGGGGAAGGAGAAAAGGGGCCUCAGCUCUAGUCUCCUGCAAGGUCUGGGCCUCCCUCCCUCCGAGCUCCCACCUCUGUCCCACACCGGCCUGGCCUGGUCCAGGGCCGGCUCACCAGUGCCUUAUUAUUAUUGAGGCUGUGGCCCCCGCGUGCCACCAAGGAGAAAGCCCUGCCCCUGAGGCCCUUAGCCUCCUCAGCGGACCCCCAAGUGUCCUGACUGGAACCCUUGCUCCUGGUGCCCACAGGGCCGCCCCUCACCGCCCCCAUGGCAGCGGGUCUGAGUGUCAAGAGUCAGCCACCCUGAACUUGCUGUAGGCUGUAGCCCCUUAAGCCCCAUGAGGUGGACCAAAACAGUACCUGUAGCUGGACGUGCUCUCUCUUUCUUUCUGGGUGCUGUUGGCCAGAAGAGGCUGUGAGGGGAAGGUCCCCCAAGCCUAUGCAGUCAGCAUGUCUCAUGUCGGGGAUCAGGAAUGCCAUCCCCUCCCCGGGGCCACAGCUUCUCCCACAGGAGAGGCCUGGGCUGCACCAGGUGGAGCUCAGUGUGGCCUCGAGGCAUGCCUAGGGGAGGCCAGCCCCAGGGACAGUCGGUGCCCCUGGCCAGGCCCUCCGACAGCCCAUGAGGUACAGACAGUCCAGCGACUGCCCUGCCAGCCUUGGCUCAGCCUCAGAGCAGGACUGGGGGUUGGAAGCAGCCUUAUCCGAGGCUCCUGGGCACCGCCGGCAAGUUCAAGGCCUGGUAGCUCUUCAGAGGCAAGACAAGACAGGAACCAGGGAAGGAGCUGGAGCCUGGUGCCAGCCACAUAGUGGUGUGCCCUUCCCAGCCCUGGUCCCCUCCGCACCUCCUCUCCCUCCACCCUCUGCCUUCCCCACGGAGGGGACAGUCUGGAAAGUGUCAGCACCCCAUGGAGAAGCCAGUGUCAUUGUGCCCAUUGUGCUGGGGGUGGGGGUUGGGGCGGGGGCUGGAGGUGCUGGACGCAGAAGCAGCUGCAUGCGAGCCGCCACCCUUAGGCCCAGGAGCCGUGGGCUGGCUUCUCUGUGGGUACGCAGACCUGGGGUUUGGAGUUGGGAAUCUAUUUUUUGUAUUAUGAUGUUUUGUGCUACUGUAGUUUCGGUGUGGCACUAUUGUAAUUGAAAUAAAGUACUUGUACCGGG